AUGCUGGAGUACAUGCGCUCCAUCAGCUCGUGUUGCAUUGACGGAGUGGGCAUCUUCCACCUGACCAACUGCGAAGGAGGCAUCUUCUGUCUUCUGUUGGUGCGGUCCGAGGCCGAAACCACCAUUUUCGACAACGAGAAUGAUGUCGUUUUCGGGGGCGGUCAUGAGGUGAAGCGAUUCUUCCCGGUCGACUCUUCCACCCUAUUGGUCCAGUUCAAAGGCAACCACGACCUGCUCGUGCUCAAAUCCAGCAAUGGAUGGAAAAGCAUCACCGAGAAGCUGCGCAAGCAGCAGUCCAUGCUCAACACCUACCUAGGCUUCAACGCCGCCACUCAGCCCCCCAACUUGGAAGCCUUGGGAAACGCGGACACCACCAUCGAGUGCUCGGACGACAAGAAGAUCCCCGUGCAUGCCUGGAUCCUGGCUUCGCGAUGGCACUUCUUCAAGGCCAAGCUGGCCAAGUCGUCAUGGACGGCUCCGAAGUCUGUAUCCAGACCAUGGUGUCGUACUUUUAUGGCGGCAGAGAACAGCUGGAUCUGGAAACUGCCAUCGGCUUGCUGGGGCUGGCCAAGCAACAGAAGAUUCCGGGACUGGUUUCCUUGGCGUCACGAUCGAUUUUUGCUGCCGACUUGA